CAAAUCCCUUCCUUAUCCACCCAGACGACGUAGAAACGCUCUGUGGUACGCUCAUACAACUCCCUAUCUUGUACCUGGUCGGCAUGCCGUCUUGCGGUGCUGGGGUUGCCCAGCAGCGGCAGACUUGCCGAUGAUGACGUUCGGCUUGUUUCUUCCGAUGCGUGAGGGAGCCGAUGCUUGAGGGAGAUAGUGGGAUGCUGUGAUAUAAGCUCAGAGCUCUAUCCUCGCGUCAGAUUUGGUGUUGACCUUAGAGAAUUGAAAGUUGUGUUUUUCGACGCAACCAUGUCUACUGUCUCCGCUACUCUGCCUCUUGGCGCUGGCUAUGGCGUUGUUGUGGGGGUUGGGUUCUUCUUCGCGUUCGUAAUGAUGGGUGUAUCGUUCCUUCAGAAUCGAUAUACGACAUACUCGACAAAGCAAUCGGAGGAAUUCAACACUGCGAGCAGAAGCGUGAAGCCUGGUCUCAUCGCUAGCGGAAUAGUCUCGGCCUGGACUUGGGCUGCGACUCUGCUCCAAAGCUGUACCGUUGCGUAUGAAUAUGGAGUCGCUGGACCGUUCUGGUACGCAGCCGGAGCGACCGUUCAAAUUCUGAUGUUCUCAAUCCUAGCCUGCAAAGUCAAGCAGAAUGCUCCCCGUUGUCAUACCUACCUUGAGAUUAUCUAUGCUCGAUAUGGCAAGGUGACGCAUCUGAUCUUUAUGUUCUUCGCCUUCGUCACCAACAUUCUGGUUGGUAGCCAGCUUCUACUUGGUGGAAGUGCGGUGGUGACGUCUUUGACUGGUAUGAAUGUGUAUGCGGCCAUCUUCUUGAUACCGACGGGUGUUUGCACUUAUGUUAUUUUAGGCGGACUCAGAGCAACCUUCCUUUGCGACUACUCCCACACUCUCAUUCUUAUGAUCAUCAUCCUCUACUUUAUGUUCAACGCCUACUCCGUCAGCUCCCUCAUCGGUUCGCCUGGCGAAAUGUACGACCUCCUCAAAGAAGCCGCCAUCAAGCGCCCUGUCGAAGGUAACCACGAAGGCUCCUACCUGACCUUGAAAUCAAACUACGCGCUCGUCUUUGGCGUCAUCCAGCUUUGCUCCGGCAGCGGUACCGUCUUCCUCGAUCAAGCAUACUGGCAGCGCGCCAUCGCCUCCCGACCAACCACCGCCGUCCGAGCCUACAUCAUGGGGGGUUUGGCUUGGUUCGCUAUUCCAUUCGGAUUUGCUACAACCCUUGGUCUUGCUGCCGUCGCACUGACGGAUAAUCCUCGAUUCCCUACAUACCCUAACCUGCCUACGUCCGCGGAGAUCUCGUCGGGGCUUGCAGCCGCAUACGCUGCCUCCGCAAUGCUCGGCAAAGGAGGAGCAGUCGCACUCCUCAUCGUCCUCUUCAUGGCCGUUACAUCUUGCGCCUCCGCGGAGCUCAUAGCUGUCUCCUCAAUCCUGACUUUCGACGUCUACAAAUGCUACAUCAAACCGCUCGCCUCACCAUCACAACUCAUCUUCGUCUCCCACGCCAUGAUAUGCGUCUUUGGGCUGACCAUGGCGGUCUUCGCCUGCAUCUGGAACGCCAUUGGCAUCGAUCUCGGGUGGUUGUUCCUAGUCAUGGGCCUGCUAAUCGGCGGUGCCGUAUUCCCCGCCGCUUUCGCCAUCACCUGGAAAGGUCAGACGAAAGCCGGUGCUAUUACGGGAUGUCUCGGUGGACUGUCCGCUGGGCUCAUCGCAUGGCUUACUACUGCAAAGCAUUACUAUGGCGAGCUUUCCGUCCACACGACCGGGCUAUCGUAUCCGACCCUCGCAGGCAACCUAGCAGCCAUCAUGACGGGACUCAUCCUCACCGUCGCAGUGUCAUGUAUCAAGAUGGACAACUUCGACUGGGAAAUCACGCGCGCCAUCAACGUUGCCGUCAUCGACAGCGCACCUACAAACUCCACGCCCCCCGAUUCCUCACCUAACCUCUCUGACUCCGAAAAAGAGAAAGAAAAAGUCGACACCUCACCCGCGACUCCCACCCGCACUACCACAACCACCUCCCCAAACCUCCACGUCGAGAUCGCACCGCCCGACGAACCGCACAAGCUCCGCGCGGCGUUCAAACUCGCCUGCAUCUCGUCGUUUGUGCUGACUUUUAUUAUGGACUUUUUGAUCCCCAUGCCAAUGUUCUUCAGCCAUUAUAUCUUUAGUAAAGGGUUCUUCACGGCGUGGGUGGUCAUCUCGUUCAUGUGGGUGUUUUGCUCGAGUUUCGUGAGCACGAUUCUGCCGAUUUGGGAGGUGAGGGGGUUCUUUGGGGAGUUGGCGAGGGAGAUUGGGCAGGAUUUGAGGGGGAGUAAGACAAGGAGGGGGAGGGGUGGGUUGUGA